AUGAGUCAAACUUUCGUAGACCCCCCGCGUGGGGUCUUCAUGUUACCCGUCCCAAGUGACAUGGCCCUUCCUUCUUGGGAUUUUGUGAAAACCUCGGACUACUUCAUUCUUCAACGUGCUAAAGUCUCGAGUAAUGUAUUAUUUCGAGGAGUAAUUGGUACUAUACAAAACGUGUUUGACAACAAUAAACAGUUUCCGUUUCGGAUUGUGUUUCGCAGUGAGGUGAACGGACCAGUAUUGCAAAUUGCUGCUUCACAGAAUCAAAAAGGAAUUGAUGAUGCUUGGAAAUGGCUGGAAGUAAAUGUGUUUGAUGUGGUAAAAAGUUUAGAUGAUCCAAUUGAAAAAGAGGAUUAUAUUAAAACCAAAAUUGGUUCAUUGGUUGCUAGACAAAAUAAAGGAACCGAUGAAGUUUCUUCUGAUGAGGGCGUUCGGUCCGCUUCCAGAACUUUUCGCCAGCGUUUCGACGUCCAGCCCACAGAGAGAUUAUCUAUUCUUGCGCCUAUUACAAAAAAAUUGCAACUCAAGGAUGGAUGUAUAUUAGACAUUCAAGAGAUUGUCAAAGAAAAAUCGAAAAGAGGCAUGAUUCCUGAUUCGAUUAAAGUAGUGACUAAAGAUGGUCAGGAGCACUUUUUUUCCAAUCUUUUCCAUAGGGAUGAAACUUACGAUCUAUUGGUGCAGCUGACAAGUCUGCUGAUGCAACGAUUAUUGAAAAACACUGUGACUGAACCUGCACCAGGAACUUCAAUUUUCGAAAAUGAUUUUGAUCAGCUUGUGGAGAAGGAAAAGGAAAACAAAAAGGACAAACCUGAACCAAUUAAUACAAAUGGCAAGGAAGAUACAGCACCUCGAUCUCCGUUGAUUAUUCCAUUGAAGCAAAAUCUUGAAUUGCAAAAACGAGACACAGAAUUUCAAUUCCUUUUUGGAUUGCCAUCAUCCGAACAUCUUUUAGAAGAAUCGGAUGCUGUGUUCUCGAUGCCGGACACGCAAGAAAUGCAAAGCGGGAAACUUGGUCUCUCUGAAAGUUACCUCGCAUUCGUCUCAGACGAUAUACACUCUUGCCGUCUUGUGUUACCUUUAUAUACAGUACGACGGGUAGAGAGACUCUAUAGUCGCACGCAUACUUUUGCUCUAUCAAUAUUAAAUUGGCAUCAAAUGAAAUUGAUAUUUCAAAUGGAUGGAAUAAAAAGCCAUUGUGAACAGUUUUGUAAUGUACUGAAAGAUAAUUUAAAGAAUCAAUUGCAUUUUUUGAAGAUACUUAAACCUUUUCUUGCUACUUGUUACUCCGAGCUGCUAGUGAAUGACUCAAAAAAAGAAUUUGCUUGCGGAGGAUUAGGAAUGAAAUUCACGUUUCCCGGAGAUCCAAAAAAGUUGAGAGACCGCAGUAAAACAAAACUUUGGAUCGAGUAUCUAAAAAAAAAUGGUAGAAAUAUUACCCUCAUUAGAUUACCGAAAUUUAAUAAUCUUGUUCGUGUCGGAUUACCGAAUAAAUUGCGAGGUGAAAUAUGGGAAUUAUGCUCCGGUGCAAUGUAUAUGCGAUAUGCCAACAAUGGACUAUACCAAAAGAUACAAAGAGAUUACGCGAAAAAAGUAUCAUUAUCCACAGAAGAAAUCGAAAAAGAUCUCAACAGAUCCCUUCCGGAGUAUCCUGCGUAUCAAAGUCCCGAAGGAAUUGAUACUUUGAGACGCGUAUUAACAGCUUAUUCCUGGAAGGAUCCCGAAUUAGGUUAUUGUCAGGCCAUGAAUAUUGUUGCAUCCGCUCUUUUGAUUUACAUGAGCGAAGAACAAACGUUUUGGACGUUAAGUGUUUUGUGUGAUAGGAUGCUACCUGGAUAUUAUAGUACUUCAAUGUACGGUGCAAUCCUUGAUCAGAUAAUCUUUGAGCAUUACGUUCAGAAAACAAUGCCAAUUCUUCAUGAACAUUUAAGGAAAUAUGAUAUUCAGCUGUCUGUGGCUUGUUUGCCGUGGUUUCUGAGCCUUUACAUCAAUUCUAUGCCUCUGCUUUUUGCCUAUCGAGUGUUGGACUGUUUCUUUAUGGAAGGCCCCAGAUCAUCUCUCCAAAUUUAUUUUUCCGUAUUAACUAGAUUGGCUGUACUUAAAAUAAAUGGCGAUCAACUUUUGGAGACCACGGAUGAUGGCGCAUUUAUAAAUCUACUCAAAAGCUAUUUUGCAGGGUUGGAUGAACCAGCACAUCCAGCAAGCAAAAAUCCCAAGAUUCGAGAAAUAACGAAAUUCAAUGAAGUGAUGAUUGUUGCAUUCAAAGAGUUCGCCAAUGUGACCGACGAGAGUGUCAACGACCUUCGAAAAACCCAACAAUUAAAAGUGGUCCAUAACAUUGAAAGUUUCACAAAACGAAGCCAAAUCAGGAAUCUGAAAGACACCUCAAAGUUCACGAAAGAGGAAAUCUCCGUUCUGUACGAUAAAUAUUAUAACGCGCAAUUUUAUGGACAGCAACAAAGUGUAAGAAAUGACACGCGAAUGGAUUUGAACACGUUCUAUCGAUUUCUUGGGAGCAUUGCCGAUUGGGCGACAUCCGAAGACGACGAUCUAAAUAACAAGGAUAUCACUUCGCCGCGCGAUCGUCAAGGACGUAGAUUGGUGGGACGGGAAUUUAUCAAUAAAUUAUUCACACAUUUUACUCGUAGCAGUUCUGGCGGUAUCACAUUACAAGAUGUCAUAAUAGGGCUCGGUAAUAUUAUGUUCGGUGAUUUGAUGUCUCGUAUGGAACUUUUCUUUCAAUUGCACGAUUAUAAUAAAGAUGGAUUUUUAACAAAGGAUGAAAUCUUGCAAAUGUCGGAAAGCUUUUUAUACAUAUUUCGCACUCGAAAAGAUGAUGGUCAUUUGAAUGCUGUUUCAAAUUUUAUAAAAAAUGCAUUUAAAUAUGCUGACAAAAUAGACGAGCCUUCCCCUGAUGAAAAGACAGAGGGUAAUAAUGAUCAUAAUGAUGAUACUUCAAAGACUUCUAUUAAUAAUGAAAAUGUCCCGAACAUUGAAAAAAUUAGUAAAGUGUCAAAUACCGAUGAUCAAAUACGGAUGUCAUUGCCGUCGCUUCGUAUGGUAAUAUUGGCUGACGAGUUUCUAGAGAAUUUCUUCGAUACAGGUUUCGUGUCAACUUUCAAACUAUCGGAACCACCAGAAGAACGACAAAAAGGUCUUGGUCGAGAAAUAUUUGACUCUUUAAUGAAUAACGGAGUGGGAUUAGCAGGCAAGGUCGGAAAACGAUUACGAAGCAGCACCAUGAACCCUCUUUCUCCUGCCACAUCGAAUUCUUCAUCCUCACAACGUCGUCACCUAAGUUCCUCCUCCUCUUCAUCUAACAGCGGAACGUUAUCAACAUCACCUUCUGGAAAAUUCGUAGACUCCAACAAAAUCAUUAAAGGCUCGAACAAUUCAACAACUGAACUGGUUUCCUCACCUUCCGAAAUUUCCGAGGAAAAAGGAUG